UUUCACGAAGAAAGAAGCUGUCCAAAUUUAGAAGAAAAAAAGAUACUUCCUGUAGCAUAAUAUGAUUAAUGAAUCCAACCAAUAUGGAUCAGGUCUAGAACAGCAGGUAAUCUUCUGAAAAUUUGGGUUUUUUACCUAAUAUACAUUCAAUACACAAACUUCAAAAGCUCUUCGCUUGUUGCAACAAAAAAGUUAGGGUUAACUUGCCCUUUGAAUUUGAUUUGAACAGUCAUAGGCUGCCAUUUAGAACAGGCUUCUUUCAAGUGUAACAAGGUUGAAGAAGAAAUGGCGCAAAUGAAUCCACCUUGGGAUAAAACCGGUAACCAAAUACCACCUUUUCCUCAAGUUUGGAACACUCGUCCAGCUGUGGCUAUGGAUAUGACAGCUUAUUGGGCUCUCUGCAACAAUUUUGCUGGUCUGGAUGUAAAUGCUUCUCAGAACCAAGGUGGAGGUAAUCCUGGACGCUACGUUCCUCCUCAUAUGCGCAACCGCCCAGCACCACCUCAGCAACCUAGUGGUCCACCACCAGCAAGUCAACAGCAGUGGAAUAACCGUAACACCUUUUACCCAACUGAUCGAGAUAGAGGUGAUCAGGGAUAUGGAAAUUGGGAUAAUAGGAACCAGUAUUAUCAGGGUUGGGACUCAUUUGGAAAUGACUCUAUAAAAACUGUAAGCUAUAAUAGGGGUGGUGGAUAUACCCCUCGAGCAGACAUUGGAAGAGGAGGAGGUGGCUAUGAUCGUGAUGACCGAAGAAAUUUCAAUGAUGGAAGAGGUGGAAGUAGAGGGCGUGGUGACUUUACAAACUUUGGAAACAGAACAAGAAGACCAAAUGGUGAUAAUCGUGGUGGGGCAUUACCUCCACGACGUGGAGACUUUGACCGUAAUUGGCGUGACCCAGAAAGUGUUCAGAAAUUUGGUGGUCGUGAUGAUCGGAGUGGAGGAUAUGGAGGAGGUACUUGGGACAGGAGGAAUGGUGGUAUUCGUAGGAAUGACUUUGAUGACACUGAUUGGAGUCGGCCCUUGCCUAGAGAUGAUUACACAGAAAGGUGUUUUAUUAAAUGUGUUUUUGAUGAAUGUUCUUUGACAGAAAUUAUUCGUAAUAACAUUGAAUUAGCUCGUUACUCAAGGCCCACACCUGUACAGAAAUAUGCCAUUCCAAUUAUUCUUGCAAAAAGGGACCUAAUGGCAUGUGCUCAAACAGGUUCUGGGAAAACUGCAGCAUUUUUGGUUCCCAUUCUAAAUCACAUAUAUGAAAAUGGACCACCAAAAGAUUUGCCAGAACCACAAAAGUUCUCAUCUCGUAUUAAACAGUAUCCAUUGGCUCUAGUCCUAUCACCAACAAGAGAAUUGGCAUGUCAGAUUUAUGACGAAGCAUCCAAGUUUGCGUACCGUUCCCGUGUAAGACCUUGUGUUGUCUAUGGGGGAGCUGAACCUAUACAGCAAAUGAAAGACCUAGAUAGAGGCUGCCAUUUAUUAGUAGCAACACCAGGACGACUUGUGGACAUGAUGGAACGUGGAAAAAUUAGCUUGGAACUUGUGAA